UGCUGGUGUGGUGGGAGGGCUAGAGGAUACAGCUGUGACGAGAUGCAACAGAGACACCAGAUCAGAGCAGAAACAUGAAGCUUCUACUCAGCAGCCUGCAACUCUUCUCCCUGUGCGCACUUUCGUCUUGGAGUGUUUCUUCACAGUUGGUUGUGAUCCAAAGUGGAAAUGUCACAGUUGAAGAAGGAGGUACAGCUAACAUCUCCUGCUGCUGGAUAGUCAAGCAUGAAAGCACAAGAGUUAUCUGGAAGGCAAAUAAUCAAGUUAAAAAUGAGAAGCUGAGCGAUGUAUCUUGUUCCUAUUUAACGAUUACAAAUAUCACAGAAGAUCACAAAGGCACAUAUUUUUGCGAUGUAACAGUGGAGAUACCCCAUUUAUUGACUGGAUCGGGAAAUGGAACAGACAUCAAGGUGGUAUCUAUAAAUGCGACAACAAAGAACAAUGGAGCCCAUCCAGGUAAUAAUACUUCACUGCCAUUCUCCAUUAUAAUUGGCCUGGCUGUGGUAGCACCAAUUCUCCUUGCUGCGGUCUGUUAUCUGCGGAGAAGACAAGUCCAAGCAGUCAGAGUGAUCUACGAGGUCCCGCAUUUUGACUCAGAAACACAAGAGAUGGAUAAGCACAGCACUGGUUCUAGAGACUCCUCUCAGUGGUGCCAAGUCCCGGUGUAUGAAUCAUUUGACUACUUCGAACACACAGAAGCCAAGAAAAGUGGCUAAGAAUUGUAUCUUCUCUCUACCGCACUUUAACUAUGUACCAUGUCUUUUGUAUAUGAAUAUUAUAUGCAUGGAAAUAUAUUUCAGUAAACCUGUCUGCCAUUUUUAUCUUUAAUUUCAUUGAAGGAAUUAUUUGUAACUAGUCAUGACGGCAGCUAUACAAAAAUCUCUUUUAGUGGUAUUGAUAAGAAUGUAGUACAGGUUUCACUUUGCUACCAAGUGGAAACUUGGUUAUGCUUGAAAGUCAUGCAAUAGGUCAAUGGCAGGAAGUGGAAAGAUCAGCAUGUGCAGUGUCCAAACUAUGUUCUACUUUAGCUUUAUUUCAGUGUUUAUUGUAUAUUUACUGUUUUUAUGGUGUUUAAAAAACUGAAAAAAUGAUACCAGUCAAAAGUUUAGGCACACUUUCUCAUUUAAUGUAUUUUUUCUUUGUUCACCACUUCCUAAAUACUUUAU